GUCUCACUGAUGGUUUACGAAAUGGCUCUGGGGAUCAUUCUGUGUGAAAGGUCUUGGAGAGGACUUUAAAAUGUCCCCGGCUUAAGUAAAACGCGCAUGAAAAGAAAAUCAAAGCUUUCUAAAGCGGAGUUUCAUUGGCAAAUAGAACCCUGAUGACAUACUUGGAGAUCUGUACCUCGCUGCUGUUUCUCUUUCUCGUAUCGUACACACAAGAGUGUCCUCACAGACCCUCUCUGAAUGGUUAUCGGUACAAGAAUAUAAAACUUAAAGGGCACGAAAUAAACAAUUUAAAGGGUGCCCUGUCACCUUACACGUGUGCCGAUGCUUGCCUCAGAGACCCAAGAUGCAGGUCGUUUAAUUUCAAAAGAAAGCGAGACAGCAAUGACAUCAACGAAUGCACCAUCAACGACAUUAACAACGAAAAGGCUAAAUCAGGGGAAGUUCAGGAGGAUUUUGAGACAGAUUUCUACGAUGUUGGCUAUGAGGCCUUGCAAAAGAUAUUUUUGAACUCAAGUUCUUACUGUACACAAGAUUAACCGUUUAGUACAGUUCCUGACGUGGGAGAGAAAUGCUCCAAAACCGAAGAUGUAAUAUAGUAUUUUAUUAGCCGGUGUCUUACAUAAGGAUGAUGUGGUGUUGAGAAACAAGCAUUACUGGUCCUCGUGUUUUCCAUCUCAGAUUUUGUUAACAGUGAAUUUAUUGUAAAGGCAACUCCUACACCUACGUAAAGCUAAAUGAAUUAUCCCAGUUAACCGCAAGAAUCAGCAUAUCAAUUCUCUCAAGUGGUUGCCAUAUAUUUACUUCUGAAUUAAACAAAAUAAUUCCAUAUCCAAUAAUUGA